AUGAGGCCUACCCAGCUCUUUCUCUUCGUCAUCCUCUUCGCGGUUGGUCUGAAAUCGACAGGAGCCAAUGGACCAUCCGAAUACGAGGUCUUUGACAACACCACCAAGACUCUAGACAGCCGGUUCAAUAAAGAGAUCGGGUUGGAUUACGCUUCGGACGCUUUGCAAGCUGCCACCGAGUUCGUCCUCAAGACAUUCGGUCAAAGCAAGACCGGGGGGAGAGGCUACGAUUUCAUUCUGCUUGUGGUCGAGAGCUUUCGUGCGAAUGGCAGACCCUUCGCCAUCGCAACCACCAAUGGAAGCCAGACCUUCAUGAAUGCGGACUACCUCCAAACAUUCCCCGGCAACGUGAAGGAUGAGUUCACGGGGAUCCUAUACUUCACGAGCGGCCUGGUCUGGGGAUGGACAGGGAAUGGCAGCGCCCCAGUGGGCCUCAUAACCGGGAUCUCUGACUACAUUAGGCUAACUGCCGGAUGGGCAUACAAGGGCUGGCCUCCCAGAGGCUCGGGGUUGCAAUGGGAUGAUGGGUACGCGAUCACGGCGAACUUCUUAGCGUAUUGUGAAGGGCUCCGACCACGGUUCGUGUUGGACCUCAAUGCCAUGAUGAUCGACUCGUACAGCGAUGCAUACUUCGUGAAGCUACUUGGGAAGUCUGUGAACGAACUGUGGGAGGACUAUAAGUCAGAGUAUACAACCCCUGGACCAGCACCAGCACAAACCUUCGGUCACUAA